GGUGGUCCUCUCCUCCUCUCCUCCGUGGCUUUCAUGUAGGUGUGUGGUAAGUGUUGGCCUGAUUGAGUGCCAGUGGAGGGAUGAAGAGAACAGCGGACGGUCACGCGUGUCCAGCAUGCGCACAUACAGCUCUGCGCGUCUCAUCUCAUCAUGACCACGGCUCACCUCAACUAUAGCGUCUGUCUUUGAAUUGUGCAGUUCUUGGAUUUGUGGACUAUUGGGACUAAUAUAUAUAUAUUUUAACAACUUAUUUGUUUAGCUGUUUAAAAGUUGAAGAGAACAGCUUUCGGGCGUAUUUCUUAAAUGCAUGUCAUUUGUUGAAAGUCCUAAGAAGGAAGAAAUAACACGAACUACCAGCAGAAACAACAUCACAAUUUAUUCAAGGAUCCGCGCAUUGACUAAAAGGAAAUAAACAUGUCCAGCAGAAGCAUCGAGUGGGAGCAUUUCGAGGAGCGCGAGAAGAGUCACCGGUCCCCGCGUGGCAGUGGCGGUUCUCAUUCCGGCGCGCGGGGUAACGGGCUCGUGCCCAGUCCCGCUCACAGUGCGCACUGUAGUUUUUACCGCACACGCACACUGCAGUCGCUCACCUCCGAGAAGAAAGCGAAAAAAGUUCGCUUCUAUCGGAACGGUGAUAAGUACUUCAAGGGCUUAGUGUACGCGGUGUCCGGUGACCGCUUCAGGUCUUUCGACGCGCUGCUGAUGGAGCUCACCCGCUCCCUCUCGGACAAUGUGAAUUUACCGCAAGGAGUCCGGAACAUCUAUGCUAUGGAAGGAGGGAAGAAGAUCACCAGCCUGGAUGAGUUACUAGAAGGUGAAAGCUAUGUGUGUGCUUCCAGUGAACCCUACCGUAAAGUGGACUACACCAAGAACAUCAAUCCCAAUUGGUCAGUCAAUAUGAAGACGGGCACAUCCCGCUCACUGCCAUCUCUUACCACCUCAAAGAACGAGCUAAGAGAACGAGAGAGUAAAGACUUCAUCAAACCCAAGUUGGUGACGGUCAUCAGGAGUGGCGUCAAACCCCGUAAAGCCGUCCGGAUCCUCUUGAAUAAGAAGACUGCGCACUCCUUUGAGCAGGUGCUCACAGACAUCACAGACGCCAUUAAACUGGAUUCUGGUGCUGUGAAAAGACUCUAUACUCUGGAGGGCAAACAAAUUACAUGUUUGCAAGACUUUUUCGGGGACGAUGAUGUAUUCAUCGCGUGCGGCCCUGAGAAGUACCGUUAUGCACAGGACGAUUUUGUGUUGGAUCACAGUGGUAAGGCUUCAACAGCCUUUAUAACCGAAUGUCAGGUCCUCAAGUCGUCCUAUUCUUCUCGUUCUGCUCCCCCUGUGAGAUACUCUGGUAGUAAAAGUCCAGGACCCACCCGCCGCAGCAAAUCCCCUGGAUCUGUGAGAAGAACAGCAGGACACUUCUCUGCAAAUAGUCAGUCUCCGGUCAAAUCACCAAUAAAUGGAGUGCCGAACAGCCAAAUCACUACCCCCAAAUCUGCAAAAUCCUCCAGUUCCUCCCCGACCAGCCCCCGCAGCAUCCGCAACUUUAAGUUUAGUUGCAACAAGUGGAUGGGAGUCCCCCUCCGUCUCUCUGUACAGAUUCCAGCACAUCACUCCUCUGCAACCAAUGUGAACGGCUCCUCUGAGACUACCCAACAACAUAACAACAGUGUGAGCCCUGAAGUUAAUGGAAACAGGAACCUUACUGCUUCCACUAUUUUGGACAAGUACAAAAUUGGCAAAGUUAUAGGUGAUGGAAACUUUGCUGUGGUAAAGGAGUGUGUCGAACGAUCCACUGGAAAGGAGUUUGCACUGAAGAUCAUCGAUAAAAACAAAUGCAGAGGCAAAGAGCACCUGAUCGAGAGUGAGGUGGCAGUGUUGAGGCGAGUUAAGCAUCCUAAUAUCAUCAUGCUGAUUGAGGAGGUGGAUACGCCCACUGAGCUCUAUCUAGUCAUGGAACUUGUGAAGGGUGGAGAUCUGUUUGAUGCAAUCACCUCCUCGACAAAAUACACUGAAAGAGAUGCUAGUGUAAUGGUAUUCAACCUGGCGGCAGCUCUCAAAUAUCUGCACCGGAUGUGCAUCGUCCAUCGAGACAUCAAACCUGAGAAUCUGCUGGUGUGUGAGUACCCUAAUGGUAUAAAGUCAUUAAAGUUGGGUGAUUUUGGCUUAGCCACAGUGGUUGAAGGGCCGCUUUACACUGUUUGUGGAACACCUACUUAUGUUGCCCCAGAAAUCAUAUCAGAGUCAGGAUAUGGGCUAAAAGUGGACAUCUGGGCAGCUGGAGUAAUUACCUACAUCCUCCUAUGUGGCUUUCCACCUUUCCGCAGUGAAAAAAACCUCCAGGAGGACCUAUUUGAUCAGAUCCUAGUGGGGCACUUAGAGUUCCCAUCACCCUUCUGGGACAAUAUCACAGAUUCUGCUAAAGACUUGAUUGGUCACAUGCUGCAGGUGAAUGUGGAGGCCAGAUACACAGCAGAGGAUGUUCUAUCUCACCCCUGGAUCACAGAAAAUGAGGAUGCUGCAAUGGAAAACAAUAUGAAGAUGGAAGUGGCAGGUAAACUCAAAAAGCACUUUAACUCUGUGCAGAAACAGAGCAACAUUUCCCCUGGAGUCUCUGUUAUUGUGAACACAGCUCUAGAUAAGAAAACCAUCCAGCUUUCCCGCCGGCGUCAGGACCGCAGCCCCCCUCCUCCAGGAAAGAGCACUUCCUCCACCCACCCAGAGAGAAGACGCUCCCAAAGGGGACGCUCAUCUGUCCAAUCAGAGGACUCUAGGAGUUCUGCUCCCAUUGAGCCUUUAGCCUCAACAACCCCGAAUGCACCAUCAGCACCUCUGCCCUCCCCUCACUCUGCCCAACCUCCUCACUUCCCAGAAUGCAGUGCUGAGGCUGAGGUCAGCAAGGGCCUGCAGAAGAAAGAAUAAUACUACUUAGAGAAACAAUAUGGAGACAAUUUCAAAUAUAAAUGCAUAGAUACAUAUAUUUAUGUAACUUCAUACUAGCUAAACUUCAUACUAGUUAAAAGGCUAGAAUACACUACAUGACUUUUGCCCCGAUUUGUAUAGUCUGGACGAGUACAUUGUCCAAAGUAAGAGCCAGUCUGCAGAUUUCACAAAAAAAAUUGUGUAUGAUGAGCAGCACAGACUUCAAUUUCUUUAGUUACAGAUUAUCAUUCCACCAGUUAAAGAGAAUAUCAAACGUUGAUAUUUGAGACGAUUAUAGAACACAUAUAUUGACAUUUGUGUGUCUCCUUGCAGUGAGGUGAGUUCAUUCUGAGUGAGUUUCUUGUGUUUGGAAAGGCAUGAAAGCAGGGUUGCCAGGUCUGCGAAACAAAACUAUACCAGUGAUUAAUCAAAAAUGGGCCAAAACUAGCCCAAUAACCCUACCCUAAAUAUCAAAACUCAAAAUAUGCCUAAAAUAUAUAUAAUUUUUUUUUGUUACUGUUCUGCGAUAUACACAAUUUCAACUUGAAAGUCACCAUGUAGCCUAGUAGUAAUUAUAAACAGUAUGUUUUCAUAUAGGAGCUCAAAAGUUCCCUACUAGUGCCCGUUCCUCAAAAAACUUAACAUCCAGCACAGUUUAUAAAAUAUUUCAAAAUAGCAUUUCAGUUCAGUGUAAGAAGAUGUUUUGAAGAAUGUGGGUAGCUAAGAGUCUCUGGUCCCCACUGACUUCCAUAGUAUAUAUUUUCUAUACUGUGGAAGUCAGUGGGGACCAGCAGCUGUUUUGACACACACAUUAUUCAAAAUAUCUUCUUUCAUGUUCGACAAAAAGAAGGAAAUUCAUACGUUUUGCACAACUUGAGGGUUAGUAAGUAAUUGAUGACAGAACUUUCAUUUUUGGGUGAAGUAUCCCUUUAGCCUGCAGCAACAGCAGUUCCACUGGAAAACAGUGGACUUGGCAACCCUAUGUGAUCCUCAGUCUUUUAUUAUAUGCUGUCUAGUUUUUCUCUGUAACUAUUUACAAAGUCAGCAAGUUUAUGACACCUUGUGUUUUAAAACAUGUUCUGUUUUUAAAAGUCAUUUAGUGUCAUCCAGCCUUUAACAUAGGACAUUCAGAACUGUCUGUCUGUAUAGUGGCCGUCUGCUUGUCUCCCUGUCUUCUUCUUCUUCCAGUUUGGCUUCCGAUUCCAGCAUCCAGAGAGGGAACGUAAUGUGUGAUUGAUUGUAUAUAGGCACUUUGGAUAUGAAAGAUCCGCUCUGCUUUUGUAUUUACUGACGUGAACAGGUCACGUUCCAGUUAUGAAUAGCUAAACACUUUUUAGGGUGGAUGUAAGUGUGCUACUGGAAAAAGACUUUGAAACUGGCAAAAAAAAAAAAAAAAAAAAAACACUUGUCCUGCUGAAACUUGAAAGUACGUUUUCUUUGAGUGUAUGUAUGAAAACAGACUGCUUGACUUUUUGACUCUGCUGAAGAAACAAGAAAGCAAUUUGCAUUUGUUAGUGUGUGUUUUCUUAAGAGGGUGUGCCUAGCACUACUGUAUACUGGGGUCAUUUUGCAGUAGUUUAGAGUUGCCUUUAUAUGAGCCAGCAAAGCAAGAAAUCUGUAGGGAUCGUUAAUAGUUUUGUUCUUUUGCUAAUUUAUUUGUACAGAUUAGACAAAAUGUGAAAUUGUAUUUUAGAAUAGUUUGAAAUUUUUUGAUCCAGAGUCAUUAAGUGCAUGAUAUUUUGAUUUUUCUGUUGCAAAAGUAUUAGAUUGCAAUCUAAAUUCUUGGAUUUGUCCUCUAUUGUUCCAUAGGCUACUUCUGUACUUGUUAUCUCUUUGCUCACCAUGGCACUGAUUUCCUGAAACUGUCAGUCUGCAGAGUGAUUGAGCUGGUUAAUAAAGGUAUAUGACAUGAUGCACUACUUUUUUUUUUUUGACAUGCAUUGGAGGUUUUGAGAAAUAUGGCAAUAUUCAGUAUCAUCUCUGGAAGGCUAGAUUUCAUAGAUGUCAUUUUCUGUUAGUGUUCUUUAUCAUCACGUAAUCAAAGUAAUGCAAUAAAAUUACCUUGCUGUUA